AUGUCUUUCACUGUUGACUAUUUUUUCGAAAAGAUACAAUUGAUGAAAAUCGAAAUAAGAGAUUUUUCGAUAGGUGCCGCAUUGAAGAAUACAGUUGGUAAUGUUAUUGGCAGUUGUAUAUUCAAACUUGAUGAAUUAAUUGGCGCAUUUGGCACACAACUUCAAUUACCUUUAAGUACAAAAACAUCAGUAAUAACCACAUCCGUUGGUCAACUUCAAACGGUACCACAAGGAAUGUACUGUGGAAUGAUUCUUGUCUCUGCUCGAUUACCUGAAAAAGCGGCACCUGUAAUAUUGCAAUUUUCCGGGAAAAAUUUGAAAAAAAAGGAUAAAUUUUUUGAUGAAACAUCAGUUUUUUUCAUGAUAUAUAAGAUUGAAAAUGAUGGAACAAAAACGGAAUUGUAUCGAAGUGAAGCUAUCCGAGAACAUUCUCAUCCUAUUUGGCGACCAUUUAAUUUACAUUUGAGGAAAAUUGCUGAUCAUCGAAAUAGAUUGCUAGAAAUAGAUGUACUGUAUCGUGAUGAAAUGAAUAAAACAGGCAUGAUUGGUUCAUUUCUAACAACAUAUGCAAAAAUGAAAUAUGGUGCGGGGGUGGAAAAUGUUUAUAAUUUAAUUGAUCCUAAAAAAAAAUUAAAAAAAGGAUAUUUAAAUAGUGGAACAAUGGAAUUGAUUAAAUUUAGUGAUGUAUCAUUUUAUUCAUUCUUGGAUUAUAUUACCAGCGGAACUCAACUUCAUCUUGCAGUAGCAGUGGAUUUUUCAACUAAUUUAGGUGUUAAUGUAUUAAAUGGUAUGAAUGUAUUUGAUAAUGAUUUUGAUUGUGCUAUUAAAGGUAUCGCUGGUAUUAUUCGAGAGUACAAUUCGAGUAAAAUGUUUCCGGCAUUUGGUUUUGGUGCCAAAAUUCCGCAAGCAUUGAAUAAUCCACAGGUUUUCCAUUUGAAUUUUGAAACAGAACCGUAUUGUCGUGGUAUUGAUGGAAUAUUAGAAGCAUACCGAAAUGCCAGACAAAAAGUGAUACCAAAUGAUCAUGCGGAAUAUUCAGCUGUUGUUGAUGCUGUAGCUAAGGUAGCAGAAAAUGAGGGUAAGAAUGGAUUGCAUUAUUAUGUUUUACUCAUUUUUAUAUCGAACAAUGCAAUUGCUAAUUCCAAAAAACUAUUGGAUGUUAUAACAAAUAUGACAAAAGCGCCAAUUUCAAUUAUAUUUUUGGGAAGGCGAAUGGCGGAAUUGAAUGGAUUUUAUAAUAAUACAAAUCCUAAGAAAAAUAUAUUUUCGCAUGACUUAUCAACGAAUUCUGAUUUUGUUGAGUUCAUCGAUUUAAAUUCCGUAAUGAUAGAAAAUGCAACAUUAAGGCAAAAUGCAAAACGAAUAGCUGAACGAGUUUUGCGUAAUGUUUCAUGGCAUCUAAUUGCUUAUAUGCAUAAGAAUAAUAUUGCUGCAAAACCUCCCAUACAGAUUAAUCGUUCAUCAAUCUUUCAUUCGUCAUAUUUAAUUCCACGUCAACCAUCGCGAUACGAGGAACAAUUCGAUUUUGAAAGGAAUGAAUGUAAUACGUCAGGUGUGCCACGUAGACGAUCAGAAAAUGUUGCACAAAAUAUUAACAUAAAGAAAUUUUGGAAUAAAGCAAUAUUUCGUUCGCAAUCAGUAGUGAGUGAAAAGAAUGAUGAAAUAUUAAAUUCAUCAACAAAUCAUCAACUAUCACCACCACAAUAUUCUCCUCAACAACGUCCGCGACGAAUUUUAAGAAGACAACUGGCAAUUUCAUGA